AUGAGAGAGAGAGGCAAAGCUGCGGUUGAGGCUUUCACCGCCGACGAUCCCGAAUUCAACUACUCCGCCGCGUCGGAGCUGCCGUGCAGGAAGCAUCCGAGUUCUUCAUCGGUGGGGAUAUGCGCUCACUGCCUCAAAGACAGGCUGGUGAAGCUGGUCUGCUCGGAAUGCGGCGAGCAGCGCCUCUCGUCCUGCUCCUGCUCCGACGUCUCCUCCUCGCACCGCAACUCCUGCAGCACCAUGGAGGUCGGGCGAGUUUCGUUUCUAAUCGAGAACGACAAGACCGAUCAGCCUCCCAAGCCUGCGAGGGAGGAGAGAUCGGAGCAGGUCAUAUUCCUGCGGCGGAGCGCCAGCAGCUGCGUCGAAGUGAAGAAGACCAACGGAUUUUGGCGGAUCAAGCGCCUGUUCCGAAAGAGGAGGAAGGGGCGCGGGAGAAGCGGCGAAUUUUCUGACGAGAUUUGGGCGUCCGACGCCAUGGGGGUUUCUCGGUCGAGAUCGCUCUGCAGUUUCAGAGGCGGCGGAGGCGCCGAUGAGAUGAUGAGCGAUUGCGCGCUGUCGAGCGCUAAAAUCUCCGACGUCACGAGCGGGAUCUUCCUCGAUCUCGACAAGCAAUUCGGAUUCUUCAACGAUUCGGAGGCGCCGCCGCGGCGGAGCGGCUUCAGGGGUGUGGAACAGUUUGAUCGGACGUUUAGCUUGCCGAACAGGAGCGUUUUUCCGGCGAAGGAGAGCGAUUUCAGCGCCAUGGACGAGUCGGCGUUUAUAGAUUUGAAGGUGGAUUUGUCAGCGCCGGAGAUGACGGAGGGCUGCGGCAGGGGCGGUUUUGCAAAUACUAAAAGUUGUGGGGGGGUUAGCGGGAUUACGAUGAGUGAUAGGGGGCUGAAGCGAGGGGGUGUGUCCCACAAAGUUUGGAAAUGGAUAUUCAAGUAUCCUCCUGCAAAUAAGAAGGAAAGAAAAUGA